UGGCACUGGCUCUGCAGCCCGCGCAUGCGCAGAGGGUGUGUACAUCGGCCGGCGUAGGGGACAGCGUGACAAGCACUGGUCUGGUGAGCAGAGCCUGCCCUUAACUUGAAUGAGUCAUGGCCCAAUUUGGGGGACAGAAGAAUCCGCCCUGGGCGACUCAAUUUGCUCCCACAGCGGUGUCCCAGCCGGGCCACUCGCAGUCUCUAGACCUCAACAGCCUGCACUCUAUGGGUGUGCAGCAGCCGUCUAUUCUGGGAGCAUCUCCCUCUGUUUACUCUCAGCAGUCGGCCUUGGCUGCCGCCUCUCUCAACAACCAGUCCGCUGCAAACUAUCAGCUGUCUCAGCAAACUGCUGCCUUGCAACAGCAAGCCGCAGCAGCUGCUGCAGCAGCAGCACUACAGCAGUCGCAGAUUAAUUCAGCGCUGCAGCAGUAUCAGCAGCAGCAACAGCAACAGCAGCAGCAGCAGCAACAACAACAGCAGCAGCAACAACAGCAGCAGCAGCAACCUCCCCAACAACCCCCUCAACAGCAACUGUACAGUGUACCCCAUCAGCUCCCACAGCCUCAACAGGCACUGCUUUCUCAGCCCCCCGUCGCCAUGUCCACCAGUUUGAGUCUGUCUAACCCCCAGCAGACAGCCCAGAUAACUGUGUCCUACCCAACACCACGUUCAAGCCACCAACAGCAGACCCAACCACAGAAGCAGCGAGUCUUCACUGGUGUCGUCAACAAGCUACACGACACAUUUGGUUUUGUAGAUGAAGAUGUCUUCUUCCAGCUAAGUGCUGUGAAGGGGAAGACCCCGCAGGUGGGCGACAGGGUCCUAGUGGAAGCUGUGUACAACCCGAACAUGCCGUUCAAGUGGAACGCCCAGCGAAUCCAGACCUUACCUCAGCUAGCAAACCAGUCGCAUCAGCAGCAUCCGCAGCAUCAGCAGCAUCCGCAGCAUCAGCAUCCGCAUCCGCAUCAACAUCAGCAUCAGCAUCAGCAUCAUCAACAUCAACAUCAGCCUUUACCUCAAGCUUCCCCACAGCUCGGCGGCCUUUACAAUGAGCCCGGGAUGCAGCUGCGCUACUCAGACAUGCACUCUACUGUGGACAACAGACAAAAUAUCCAGCCUCAAGUUCCUCAAAUGAUGAAAGCAGGCCCCACCAUGCUUCAGUCUCUACCUCCCCCAACCACAUUCAGUGUUCCGGUCCAGGCUCCCCCUCCUUCCCUCCUGCAGGCCCAGCUUUCUGCUGCCUCUUUGGCCCCUCUCCUCCAAAACCCUCCUCAGCCUCUGCUGCCACAGCCGCCACCCAAAGAUGUUUUCCCCGGGGGUCUGCUUCAACCCCCAGUUAGGAUGAUGCAACAGCCACAACCUGUUCGACGAAUUGAACCUCCCCCUCGUUUCCCCAGCCGCAAUGAUCGAGGCCCUGAGCUCAUCCUCAGGACAAAAGAAGAACGCAGCCGAGACAGAGAUCGUGAACGCAGGCGAUCGAGAGAACGCUCGCCCACACGCAAACGCUCCAGAGACCGCUCCCCGAGACGUGACCGCUCACCAAGACGGCCUCGCAGGGUCGUGCCUCGCUAUACCGUCCAGUUUUCCAAGUUCAGCUUGGAUGGCUCCAGCUGUGACAUAAUGGAGCUGAGGAGGCGCUAUCAGAGCCUCUACAUUCCCAGCGACUUCUUUGACGCUGUCUUCACCUGGGUGGAUGCCUUCCCUGUGACACGCCCCUUCCAGUUUAGUAACGCCUGUAAUUUCCACAUCUUGCACAAAGAGGUAGAUCCUCUAGUCAAGAACACAGCUGUGCUGGAUCCUCCCGAUGCCAACCACACCUAUAGUGCUAAGGUGAUGCUGCUGGCUAACCCCAGUAUAGAGGAGCUCUACCACAAGUCCUGCGCUCUGGCAGAGGACACCCAGGAAAUGAGAGACACCUUCCAACACCCUGCCAGACUCAUUAAGUUUUUGGUGGGAAUGAGAGGUAAAGACGAGGCCAUGGCCAUCGGUGGUCACUGGUCUCCCUCUCUGGAUGGAGCUGACCCAGAGAAGGAUCCUUCUGUCCUCAUAAAGACAGCCAUACGCUGUUGCAAGGCCCUCACAGGCAUAGACCUUAGUCUGUGCACUCAGUGGUAUCGUUUUGCAGAGAUUCGCUAUCAUCGGCCGGAGGAGACUCACAAGGGGCGGACAGUCCCUGCUCAUGUGGAGACAGUGGUUUUGUUUCUUCCGGAUGUUUGGCAUUGUCUUCCUACCCGCUCAGAGUGGGAGGUGCUGUCACGGCGACUCCGGGAGCAGCUGGCUGAGAAGCUGUCGGCCGAGCGAAAGGAGGCGGAUGGAGAACAGGAGGAAGAGGAGAAGGAUGAAGGCGAAGCGAAGGACGUUUGUAUUCCUACUCACUGGACUAAACUUGACCCGAAAUCAAUGAAGGUAAAUGACCUGCGAAAGGAGCUGGAUUGUCGCUCUCUCAGCUCUAAGGGGUUAAAGUCGCAGCUGAUCGCCCGCCUCACAAAGCAGCUGAAGGUGGAGGAGCAGGUGGAGGAGUCCAAAGAGCCUGAGAAACCAGAGAGCAAAGUGGCAGAGGAAGAGGAGCCAACUCGCACCGAGGAAGACCGAGAAGAGGAGGAAAGGAAGAGGCUGGAGGAGAUUGAACGCCAGCGCAGAGAAAGGCGCUACAUCCUCCCUGAUGAACCCACCAUCCUCGUGCACCCCAACUGGUCAGCCAAGAACGGCAAAUUUGACUGCAGUGUCAUGUCCCUGAGUGUGCUACUGGACUACAGACUGGAAGACAACAAGGAGCACUCUUUUGAGGUCUCCCUAUUUGCUGAGCUGUUUAACGAGAUGUUACAAAGAGACUUUGGGUACCGCAUAUAUAAAGCCCUCGCUGCUAUUCCCGCCAAAGACGAGAAGAAGGAAAAGGACAAGAAAGCUAAAAAAGAGGCAGAAAAGAAGGAGACGGAGAAACGGGAAGUCAAGAAGGAAAAGGAAGAAGAGAAUGAAGAACCAGCCAUCAAAAAAACCAAAGAGGAUGAGGAGGACAAGAAGAAGUUGGAUGAAAAAGCUGUGAAAAAAGAAGAGUCUCGUGAUGAAGAGGAGAACGAAGACGAUGGCAGCACGGCCAAUGCUGAAGAAUACGACCCCAUGGAGGCUGAAGAUGCAGAUGAUGACGAUGACGACAAGGACGAUGAUGACUCAACUGACAGGAAAGAUCGCAAGGACGACCGCAAGUCAUCAAAAGAGAGGGCCUCCAAAGACAAGGAAAAGAAGCAGAUGGUCACAUACAACAAGGAGCUGCUGAUGGCGUUCGUCUACUUUGACCAGAGCCACUGUGGCUAUUUGCUGGAGAGAGACCUGGAGGAGAUCCUGUACACACUGGGACUGCACUUGUCUCGUGCUCAGAUAAAGAAGCUGUUGAACAAACCGGUGAUUAGAGAGUCUUGCUACUACCGUAAAUUGACAGACAGGGGAAAGGAUGAACCCAUUCCCUCCAUUAAUGAAGCUCCGAUAGAAAACCUCACAGGUAACAGAGGAGCACUUCCUAUUCUGAAAGCUCGUGCUCAGUCAGAGACCAGCGAGUCUGGUAAUCUGAUCGUCUAUAACGGAGCCAUGGUCGACAUCGGCAGCAUAAUGCAGAAACUGGAGAAGAGUGAGAAGUCAAGAGAGGAGAUAGAACAGAAACUCAUGGUGCAGGAUGUCAAAAUGGAUGAAGAUGCAAAGGUUAAAGCGCAGUUGGAACAAGCUAACAAAGCUUUAUCCAGGGAACUGGAGGAGGUGAAAACCACUCUGGGCCAAACUGAGCAGAAUCUGAAGGCCGAGGAGGAGCAGAAGACCACCUACCACAGCCAGAUUAGCAAGACGUGCAACUCCUUGAUGACCACUGUCAAAGGGCUGAUGUCGGUGAUGAACAAGGAUCAGAAAGCCGACGCGUCUUUCGAGGAAGUCCUCAGCGAUCACAGUCGGUUGUCUCAAACGAACGGCGCUGAUGAAUGACGGACACCUUUUGAAAUGAAUGACGCAAACCUGUAACACUGAUUAUCUUAAGAAUUGUAAAUAUUAACUAAACAUGCAUAAGUUGUUAAUUUGGACCUAUUGUCUCCCAAAUACAUGUAUAAAUUAAUUAAUUAAUUAGUUCCCAGUGUUAAUUUGACCACAGUUUCCGUGUACUAUAGAUUUUGUUUGUGACGACUUGCUUUUCUUAACUUGAAUAAUAUUAACAAUGUCGGAGCUUUGAAAGGCUUAUUUUCAUAGUUUAAGUAAAGUUUGGUCGCUUUCUUUUGCUUUCGCUUUGUUAUGGCCAAUAAAAUGCCACAUUGUAGAUUUAAAUGCCAGUAUGUGUGAGUUGUACUUCUCAGAGAUUUUUUUUUCUUCUAAUGAGCAAUAAGGAUGCUAUUUAUGUGCGAGAGAAUUCAUUAAAAAAAAAUAUAUUUAAAAUAAACUAAUUUUGAAAGGACAAGGUGGGAAGGGACUCUGACGAAAGAGAGAAUUUACUUUUGAAAUUCCUCAUCUGCUGUGUAACCACAACUGUUGAGUUAACACUUUCAGUUUGCAGUUCUUCUUCUUGGCUGAUUUAACUGGUUUCUGCUGUUUCUUGAUUGUUUAAACUCACAGCUAUGCAUGGUUCCUGUCUCUUGGGCAUUUUUGCCGUCGGCACCUCCUGACUGUAUCCAUCCACUGCUGCGCUGCCACUCACAGUGCUUCAUGUUUUACUGUGACGAGCAUCCGUCUCGUUUUUCUGACAAAGGAAAACUACACGCGAGCCAAAAACGAUAUAAGCUCAAUGAAUGUGCGUUCUGCUGCGGAGACGUGAACAUUUUGAAAUCCAUCUCUGAAAUGUGUGUGUUGCUUUGGAUUGUUGUAGAGAUGAGCCACACUAAUAUUCAGAUGUGCUCCAGAGCAGGUGGUUUUAUUUUUCUAUUGAAGAUGUACACAAUGGAUGUCUUGUGGAAGAGUAAAGUGGUUCAUUUUAACACUA